UUAUGGAACAGUUCAAUCCAGGACUGAGGAAUUUAAUAAACCUGGGGAAGAAUUAUGAAAAAGCUGUUAAUGCUAUGGUAGUGGCUGGAAGAGCAUAUUAUGAUAGCCUUGCAAAGAUUGGGGAUAUAUCGGCUGAUUCUCCAGUUUCUAAAGAAUUAGGCCAAGUUCUUGUAGAAAUUUCAAGAACACACAAGAAACUUAAUGACAGUCUAGAGGAGAGUUUCAAAAAGUUUCAUAAAGAUAUUAUAUCUGAACUGGAGAAGAAAACAGACCUGGAUGUAAAAUACAUGAAUGCAACUUUAAAGAGGUACCAAACUGAACACAGAAGCAAAUUAGAUUCUUUAGAGAAGUCUCAGGCUGAGCUGAAAAAAAUCAGAAGGAAAAGCCAAGGAGCACGAAAUGUAAUGAAAUAUGAGCAUAAAGAAAUGGAGUAUUUGGAAACUGUGAGCUCUCGACAGAGUGAUAUUCAGAGAUUUAUUGCAGAAGGCUGCAGAGAAGCUCUCCUUGAAGAAAAAAGAAGGUUCUGUUUUCUGGUUGACAAGCACUGCAGCUUUACCCAGCACAUGCAAUUCUAUCACAUUCAGUGUGCGGACUUCCUAAAAUCCAAGCUGCCUGGAUGGCAGGAAAUCUGUAGUGAUGCCACCAAAGUGCCUGAAAAAGUCAGAAUGAUGAUAGAGGAAAUAAGGACACCUGGUUCCACUCCAGUAUCGGGAACUCCACAGCCUUCACCAAUGAUAGAGAGAAAUACCAUGAUUGGAAAUGAUUUUUGUCCUCAUCAUGAAAAUGCGUCAAAGGUGCCCCCUGCUCCUACAGGUAGGGCGUACACUAGUCCACUAGUUGAUAUGUUUAACAAUCCUGCAACGGUUCCAAAGACAUCUUCUGAAAAAAUAAAUAAUUCAGCAGAGAAUUCAGAUGAUGCCAGUUUAUCGCGUUCAACGUCUGUUGCCACGGGACUAAAUAUAAUGAAAAGGCAAAAAGUAAAGACCAUCUUCCCACAUACUGCUGGAAGUAACAAGACAUUGCUUAGCUUUGCACAGGGGGAUAUCAUCACACUUCUUGUUGCUGAAGAAAAGGAUGGCUGGCUUUACGGGGAACAUGACUCAACUAAAGUAAAAGGAUGGUUUCCAUCAUCGUAUACUAGGCCACUGGAAGAAGCAGCAGAAGAAAAAGCAUUUGUCCCGGUGCCAAGCCCUGCACCAAUCCGAAGUAUUAGCUCUGUAAAUCUUGUGGAAAAAGGUGAUGUUGUCCUCCCGCCACCAGACUAUCUGGGGUCUUUACAAACAGAUAGAAGAAUGGAGUCCUCCAAAGGUACUACUGUUAAAACACCAACUGACAGGCCAGAAAGUGCAGGUCCGAAACCUGAUAUGAAUGGCAUUAUAAAACCACCUUUUCUAAGUGGAGAAAAUCCUUUUGCAACUGUGAAACUCAGACCAACAGUAACAAAUGACAGAUCAGCACCCAUUAUUCGAUGA